CGACCAUUUUCUCGAUGAUGCUUGGUCAAUUGCCAGAGCCCCAGACCAAGCGGCCAAAGACCCUGCCCAGCAUGUGCCUCUUGUCCGUUUCCUGUGGUUUCCUGCCCUCGUGCGCAUCGGACAGGACAGGAACACAAGCCUCGACUCGCUCUUCUGGAAUUAAGCGUUGAAUCGUCUGCUCCUACCACACGCCCCCCAAACACCACGCAAGCUGCUGCUCUUUACCCCCCCGUCCUCCCGUCACACUCUUUUUCUCCUCUCCUCAUCAUCGUCUUGCUACUGGCAUCGCCUCUUCAAUCUCUCGCGUGCCCUGCCUGCUGCUGCCAUUUUCAAUCUCUUGUGCACACGUCGAUCGUCGACCCUGCGUAGCUGCUGCAUUAGCUCGUCUACUACUUUCUCACCUGGCACCGCACACUCACACGCACACGCCAUAAUCUCUUCACCAGCAACCGCACCACGCGCGCUAUCUGCUCUACCUCCUCGCCUUCACCUGCUGUUGCAACGACACAUACCGCAUCUCCCCGACCAUUCCCCUCCUCUGCAUUCUACCGGCAAGCUUCCGCCCGGCCCAGAUAACGGCAACGCAAUCCCUCAUACCGUUUCGUCGCCUCGCUCCCGUGGUGCUGAGACAUUCCCAUCCACAUACAAACUUUGGUUUUAGUCUGCCCUGUCUAAAAAGGAAUAAGCGAGAUAAUCGCUCCGACCGACUCCGAACCGCUCUUAUAGACUUCGAGCUGUGCCUCAGUGCUAGCCCAUUUUUGUUUUAUUUUUGAUACAAUCGAAACACCAUCAUUGACAUACAGGGCAUUAUACCGCUAUCAUGCCUCGCCCAGGUUUCCCUCCGACGCCGGGCUCGUCUACUGAUAUGAAGGGCAAGGAUGGUGAUCAGUCCGCCUCUCUUCAGCUUGCCUUUGAGCUGCCUCCGCCUGCCUUGCAUGACGCCGCUCGCGUCUCGCCCAUCGACCUCAACAAAGCAUCACAUACCUUCCAGGCCAACAAUGGGCAAAAUAACGCCUAUCCGAUGCAGGCUGCUGAAGCUGUCAAGGCACGACGCCGCUCAUCGGCCGCCAGAGAGGCAAAGGAGUCGUCCUUUGCUCUGCCUCCUCCCCCAACUCGCUCCCGCAAAAUUAUCCAGAUGAAGCCUAGAGCCCAGCAGCAGGACGAAAAGAACGCCGAGGCUGCUAAAUCUUCAAAGAAUGCCGCCAAAGGAGCUACUCCAGCUACAAAGGAUGCCAACGCUACCUCCAAGGAUGCCUCCAAGAAGAAACAGCCUAGCGCUACUAGUGCUGCCGGCCGCAAGAUUGCCAGAAAGACUGCCCACAGUCUUAUCGAGCGAAGAAGACGCAGCAAGAUGAACGAAGAGUUUGCAUUGCUCAAGAGCAUGAUUCCUGCCUGUACUGGCGAGAUGCACAAGCUUGCCAUUCUGCAAGCCUCUAUCGAAUAUGUCAGAUACCUUGAAGAUUGUGUAUCCAAGCUCAAAGCCCAGCAUGGAGAUGUUCAAACUCAAGCGGAUGGCAGCAACUUGCCCUCUAUCCGCGAAUUCCAUCCCACUUUUACCGAUGAUACCAAUGGCGAUGUUGACAUGAGCGACUCGGAAACCACCACAUCUCCCGCCUUCACCGCCAGACCGGACUAUUACUCUCGCCCUCCCUCAGUUUCCCCUGCCCUCCACGCCCAAGAUGCUCGCGACCGCCAGCAGUCGUAUUCCUCUGUAUCCACGGAUUACCGCAAGCCCAGUUACAGCCUGUCUACCACUACAUCGCCGGCCUUUGGUCCUCAGUUUGGCGCGCCUCCUAGCUACUCUCACGGCGGCAGUACUGCUUCCACACCUGGAUCUACACUGACAAGCCCUGCCCUCAACCCGCAGAGCGACCUAGAUCAGGAGGCUACUGCUGCUUUGCUCAUGCUCAACAAUGACCGGCGGGGGACUGCCAACCAGAGCGGGCGCGGCAUGUCUGUCCGUGACUUGCUCACCACUUAAAUUCGUUGCUGAGCUUGAAAGCAAUAUAUUUGGGCAGCUUUUGCUAUGGCGUUUGGUUCAAUCUUCUUAUCUACUGAGAACGAGGCACAGAGAUCUGACCUGCGGGGUGUACUUUUGAAGAUAUAAUGAGGAGUUGGGAGCUUGUGAAUUUUUCCAGUUUUGUGUUUAACCGGCUGUUGUUUGUUUUGUUAGAUGCCCCGCCGCUACAUGGCACUUGUUGGUUUUUAUUUUAUUAUUUUAAAAUGGGCGGGCUCCUCAUCUACAGACUCGUAGUACUCGGGACGAUUCUGGCUUGUAU